AUGGAUAUGACUAGCGAUUCCGAUCCAAUAGCAUGGGAAACGGGAGUAACAGAAUCUGAUACAAAAGAAUGGAAGCCGUCGACUCACGAGCUGCUGAUUAUGAUUACGUUGGCCAUCGUCACGUUUAUGAUAUCUCUGGAUGCAUGCGUCGUGGCGACAUCCCUGCACGCCAUCGUCACGGCCCUUGAUGGCAGCACGACCGAGGGCUUCUGGGUUGGCACUUCAUACUUCCUGGCCACAGCGGUCGUCAUGCCAACGAUUGCCGCAGUCAGCGACGUUUUCGGCCGACCCAUUUGCUUGACCGCAUCGCUCGUGGCCUUUACCAUAGGUUCAUUGAUCUGUUGUUUGUCACAGACUAUGGCCAUGCUCUUGGCAGGGCGCACCGUCCAGGGCGUCGGCUGCGGAGGCAUCACCGUCCUCACGAGCAUUAUCUUUACCGAUCUCGUGCCAUUGCGCCAGCGGCCAAAGUGUGAAUCCAGACAAGCCUCCUGGACUAUAGGCAGCAGCGCAGGACCCCUCAUUGGCGGCGCCAUCUCCGAGAAGACGACCUGGCGUUGGAUGUUCUACAUCAUGUUUCCAUUCUGUGGCUACGGCUUGAUUUGCGUCCCAUGGCUCCUGACACUGAAGCCACGAGAAAUGAUAACGACCAGAGAAAAGCUCAGGCGAAUUGAUUGGAUAGGGAGUCUGGCGUUCAUGGUUGGUACAACCUUGUUUCUCAUGGCAAUCUCUUGGGGAGGCACUCAGUUCGCCUGGAACAGCGCAGGAGAACUGCUGCCGCUAUGUCUGGGUCUUGUCGGCAUCGCUGCGACUCUAGUCUGGGGUCGUUAUUUUACUGGCCGGCCUCUCCUGAAUACUGCACUGUUCUCAAGUGCAAGCGCCACCUUUUGUUAUAUAUGUGGAGGGAUACAAGGUCUUGUGUUGUUUGGAGAACUCUACUAUAUUCCAUUUUAUUUCAUCGCGGUCAAGGGUUUCAGUCCCAUCUACUCGGGUGUGGCCUUGCUUCCCGUGAUGCUAAUGGCAGCUCCAUCCGCCAUCGUCACAGGAGCCAUAGUCACACGGACGAAUAGGUACCAAGAAAUUGUAUGGUCAGGUUGGAUACUAACCACGCUUGCUUCGGGCUUGAUGAUACGUUGGGAUGCGGACACGACGACGCCUGUAUGGGUAGUCAAUAUCGUCCUUCUUGGCUUGGGCCAGGGCGCCAUCGCAACCGCACAAAAUUUCGCGACACAGGCUCUCUGUCGUCCCGGUCUCGAGGCCGAUGCAGCAUCUGUCUACAUCUUUGCCAGACACUUUGGCGUGGCCGUUGGACUGGGCGUCAGUGGAACGACGUUCCAAAACAUCAUGGCCAUGAAGCUGGAAUGGGAAGGGCUACCAAGGUAUAUUGCGAGCCAAGCCGAGGCCUUUGUUGAUUACUUCCACAGCUUGCCUACAGACGCACCUCCCAGAGAGGCUGCAAUCAAAAGUUAUGUGUUUGGCCUCCAGGGUGUAUACGCAUUCUACACGGGCAUAUCUGGGCUGGCCCUUUUGCUUAGCCUUUUUAUCAGACGGUCCACCAUGGACAAGACGCUGAGUAGAGAUCAUGAGUUGCGUGCGGUCGGGGGCCGUCGUCAAUCGUGA